AUGGAGACCCCGUCGGGCCCUGCCCCGAGCGCCCCCGUCCCCGCCCCACCGCCGAAUCCCACGUCCGGCAGCGGCUCGAGCGGCCCCGCGCUGCCGCCUCCCGCCCCCGCGCAGCCGCCUCACGCCCCGGCCCCAAGCGCCGCCGUGGUGGCCGGUAUGGUGGCCUCCACGCGCGUCGGCGUGAAGAAGAGGCGGGCGCACGUCGUCACGAGCCCGCCGCCCAUCUCCCCCCGCCCGAGCGCCCCGAGCGCCCCGUCACCGCCCCUGCCUCGAGCGUCCCCGCCCCGGCCCCGAGCGCCCCCACCCCGGCCCCGAGCGCCCCGCCCGAAGAGGAACAAGCCGGCCAGCUUGGGGCCAAAGAAGGCCCGACCGAAGAAGCCGUCUAGCCGCAAGAAGGCCGCUCCUCCGCCCGUGUCCGUCCCUCUGCCGCCAAGCGCCAAUGAGGUGCUCGACGAAAUGUCGGCCCCAACUGCUUCUUACAUGGGACUGCUCAACGAUGACGAGGUGAACAUUGGGUUCCUCCCCUCGUUUCGUUCGACUUUGAAGGAGACAUAUGCGGACUUGCGGUACAAAGACAUGGCCGGUUCCAAGGAAAAAUCUUUUGCCUUCAAGCAUUGUUGGGCAUUGUUUAAAAAUCUUGACAAGUGGAAAGUAAGGGAUCAAGAAUCUAACUCCAAGAAAUCGGAUAUCUUCAAUAUGGAUGAUACCGAUGAUGAAGGAAGGAACCAUGGCAAGCCCAAAGGAUCUGAAAAGGCCAAUGAAAGAAUGAAAUUGGAAGCGGAUACAUCAAGCUUGAAGGACAAGCUUGAUCAAAUGAUCAAGACAAAGAAGAUAUUACAUUGA